CACUGGCGGCGGCGGUGGUGGUGGUAAUGUUUACAAUCCCGGCGCAGGGACGCGGUGGUGUUUUGAUGCUGUGCUGUGUGCCGCCGUUUUGCUGUCAUACUUAACGAGCCUUGACAUUAGUAACCUCAAAAUGGAGCUCCCUCAGCCUCCUCCAGUACUACUUGUGUCCGCGAGGAUUGAGGCAAUUACAAGUCUGUAGAUGUCUCUCCACGACACUCUGACCUAGAAAUGAAUGUGGACUAAGCCUGCUUCCUGGCAACAACUUGCAGCAUGGAAAUGGAUCAUCAACCAGACCAGGAACUUAAAAACAUCAUUGACAAGCUGGCCCAGUUUGUGGCACGCAAUGGCCCCGAGUUUGAACAGAUGACCAAAACUAAGCAGAAGGACAAUCCCAAGUUCAGUUUUCUGUUUGGUGGAGAGUAUUUCAACUACUAUCAGUACAAGGUCACAACUGAGCAAGCAAUUUUGAAACACCGGCAAGCUCGUGAACAACAGCAACAGCAACAGCAGUCUCAGCCUUCCCCACAGCCUGCACUACACCAGCCUCCUCCCCCACCACAAGGAUUUCCUGGUGGUGGUGGAGGUGGUGGUUUCCCUGGACAAAACUUUCCACCAGCCUAUGCAUACCCUCCCACUUCAGGAUAUCCUGAACCUGACCUUCCUCCUCAGUUCCCACAAGCACCUGUCACUACAGGAGGCUUUUCUCAGGGCCAGUUUGCUCCACCACCCCCAAGCAGUGAGCCACCUACAACAUUUCCUCCAGGUGAUCCAAAUUUUGCAACCCCAACUUCUUUUGUGCCCACCAGCACCACAGAGCCCCCAUUUGGUCACUCCUCUCAGUCAUUUCCACCUCCACCUCCAGGUGACUCAACAUACACAGCUCCACAGGCUGGAGAGCCAGGACCAUUCCCCACUACUACAUCUGGGUUUGCCCAGCCACCUCCCCAUCCACCUCCAAGUGUAACAAUUGAGUCUUUGGUGAACCAGCAGCAACAGUUGCAGGAGCAAAUACACCAGAGUGAACAGAAUUUAGCAGCUCAACAAUUGGUUCUAGAUCAGCAAAAGGAAGGUCAGGUGAGGGAGGGUAUUUAUGUUGCCAGAGGUGAAGUGUUGCGCAAUGAAGCCAAUGACCUUGGAUUUUCAACUCAUGAGCUAGAUGAGCUGCUGGGCCCCAUCACUGAGUCAUGCACCAAGGACUCAAUCUCAAAUGGGAAGCAUUGGAUCUUCACCAAUGCUCAGUCUCCUGCCAAGAACCAGUGGCUUGCUAGAUAUUUAUUGUGGAAAGCUACAGCUACUACAGGUCCAUUCAAUCAUAAACUACAUAUCAUUUAUCUUAUGAAUGAUGUUCUACAUCACUGUGUCAGGAAAAGUGCUGAUGACUUAAAGGAAGCACUUGAGAAGGUGUUGGCACCUAUGUUUUGUUGUGCCAUGACAGUUGCAUCUGAUGACCAGAAGUCCAAACUAGACAAGUUACUUUCUUUGUGGGAGUCCAAGAUUAACCUUGAAGAUGUAGUGUUGUUGCAGUUAAAAAAUCCUGUUGAAUCAUGGGGAGCCUUUGAAAAGGGAUUGAUUGAGGAAUUUCCCCAAGUUGUGGCAACCAUCAACCAGCACAUUGAUGCUACCUUUGAGGGUUAUAAGCAGCAGCACAAUGCAUUCGUUCAGCAUGCUACUAAUCAAAUCCAAACUUUAGAACAACAAAAGCAGCAAUUAGAACAACAGGCGGCAGCAGCAGCAGCGGCAGCAGCAGCGGCUGCUGCUGCAGUAGCAGCAGCUGCAGCCCAGAGUGGUGGAUUUACUACAGCCCCACCCCAGCCCCAAUUCCCUCCCCCACCUGGGACAGCACCAGGCAUACCUUCCACAUUGGACUUCAACCAGCCUCCUCCAGGCUUUCCCCCAGGUUUACCAAUGGUGGAUUUCAGCAAGCCUCCCCCAGGAUUUCCAGUUGAAGAACAAAAGGAAAAUUUAGUACCAACUGUUCCGUACUAUGAGCUCCCAGCAGGACUGAUGGCUCCUCUAGUAAAAGUAGAAGAUCACAAGUAUCUGCCUCUGGAUCCCAACAAUCUAAGACUUCCCCCACCAACACCACCAAGCGACAGAUUGCUAAGAGCAGUUGAAAAUUUCUAUGCUCCACCAUCUCACGAAAAGCCACGUAACAGUGAAGGGUGGGAACAAUUGGGCUUAUAUGAUUACUACAAGGAAAAAAGUCAGUCUGUAAAACGCAUUGAGAAGGAGGUUAGUGAAGGUCUUCGAGAUCCCACCCGCUCACCCUCCCCGGUAACUAUUGAGCCUCCACCAGAAGAAGAAGAGAAGCCAUCAGAUCAACCAAUGAGGAGAUACAGGUCUGUAAGCCCUGAAAAGGAAGAAGAAAAGAAGAAGUCACGCUCACGUUCUCGCUCCAGCAGCCGAAGCCCAGUACGUCGCAACUCGUCUAAGCAGCGGUCACGUUCAUCCUCACCUGUUAGAACUCCACCUCGAUCCCAUCUUCGCUCACGCUCAAAAUCUCCACGAAGAUCCAAUUCUAGUUCAAGAUCACCAAGGAGAGUCAGCAGGUCAAGGUCAAGGUCUCGCUCUGCAUCACCAAGAUCAUCUCCAGCGCGUGUGCCUUUCAACAGAUCUCCUUCAAGAAGUCCAACUCCUCCAUCUUUUGUGGGAGGUGCUUUUCCAAAGUUUGAUCAGCGAUUGGAUGAGAAUAACAAAGGCCAUCAGAUGUUACGGAAGAUGGGGUGGGGAGGGUCAGGUCUUGGAGUGAAGGAGCAAGGGAUCAGUGAUCCAGUAGCAGCAGCAGAAGUAAGAGACUCUCCUCAAGAAAGAUUCCGCGGUCUGGGGGUACCUAGUGCUCAGACAGACCCCUAUGAGGCUUUCAGGAAGAACAAGGGUCAAGCUUUUAUCAAUCGUAUGAAAGCCAGAGCAGAAGAGAAGUUUUAAGUAAGUAAACUAUUUGCUCAUGUCAUUUUCUCUUUGUUACAACCUGUCUCAUUUUGAUACAAGAAUAAAACUGGUGAUUCUAAAUCCAUGUGUUACAAAAAUGACAGUACCUCCAAAAAAGUUAAAUUACACAGUUUUAGAGAAAUAACAUUGUGGUUGUCUGUGUAUAGGCAUGAUCAUACAAUUAUACUUUGUGGUGAAAGUAUAGGGUGUCUCUAAGUCAUGUAUCACAGGUGUCGUGCAUUUAACAUGGGUGGUAAUUUUUUUGCAUAAGGUUUAAGUGCCUGUUUUCAUUUAUUUCCAGCAGAGAAACCAACAGUAAAAGCCUUAGGAAAAAUCUCAUUGUUAAUCACAGCAGUAACACACACACACACACACACACACACACACACACACACACACACACACACACACACACACACACACACACACACACACACACACACACACACACACACACACACACACACACUUCACACUUGGAAUCACCAAAGUUACAAAUCUUAAUCUUGUGAUUCUUAUUAUUAUUAUUAGUAGUAGUAGUAGUAAUAGUAGUAGUAGUAAUUAUUAUUAUUAUUAUUAUUAUUAUUAUUAUUAUUAUUAUUAUUAUUAUUAUUAUUAUUACUAUUAUUAUUAUUACUACAUCAUGAUUACUGUUUAUGCCACCUUUUCAUAUUAUUUUUCUCAAGUUUCUUUCUUCUUGUUCAUCUUAAGAAGCAUGGAAGCACCUUGGUUAGGCACAGUGUUGACACAGACAGGGGACUGGGAGUGUGUGUAUACUUUAUAUGAGCUUCAUUUUUUUUUUUUUUUUUUUUUUUUUUUUUUUUUUCUCUCUUCAGAGAUUACAUUUUAGGCAGAAAAUUAUGAAAAUUCAUUGGCUAACUGAAAAUGGUCAUAUUUUUCCUAUCCAUUCAUGAGUCCCAGAAAUAUGGAUAUCCAAGAACUUGCUUUCUACACAUUUGGCAUACUUUGACCAUUAUUAUUAAUGGUGGUUUCAGUAGUGCUAAAACAAAAUGUGUCAAAAAAAAAGGUGCUGUAAAAGAAGGCACAGAUAUCCCAUGUUAACUGGUAUACAUGUUAUGUAUGGUACACAACAAGUGACACUUUGUAGUAUGCAAUUACACCUGUGAUGAGAAAAUUGUUAAUUAUCUGCACCUUUUUUGUCCAUAUGGUAAUUUAAGUACAUCAAAGAAUAUAGAAAAUUUGCUACAUAUGUUGGAGCAGGUGAGUACUAAUUAUUUUGUGAAAUUUACCAGUUUCUGCAUGUGAAUCUUUUCAUUUUUAUAUGAAAUAGUUUACACCUUUAUUCACUGCUGCUGCAGUAUUAGUGAUUUGUGUAACUGCAUGCAUCAGUAAGAUAAAAAAAAAAAGAAGCAUUUUGUAGCUUAACAUAAGACAAAUUUUGAGUUUUGCAGUUUGAAAAUGUAACAUAGAUGCAUAAAAUUGAAACAGCCACAUUGGGAUGCUUGUCUAUUAUGUACAAUUUACCAUGAAGGAAGUACAAUCUGAAAUUUUCCUGCAUAUAGCUAUUAUUGUAAAACAGUUUCUUGUAAAGUUUUAUGGUGAUGUAAGAAUAUAUUUUGUACUCAAAUUAUGAUAAAGUUCCGUUUGAUACAAAUCCCAAAAUGUUUUCUAUAAUAAGAGUUUUUUUUGUUGACUUUCAUAUUCUAGUUAUGAAACUAAAAUUGUGUAUCAUUGCAAUUAUAAGAUAUUUAUGCUUA